AAACUGUCAAGAGCAUUGCGCUGUGUAGUGCUUUCACAGAAUUUCUGCAUUCCACAGGAAUUUCUCACCAAUUUUCACUGCAAUCCUCCUUUUAUCUUUCACCUCCGCAUCCACAACACUCCCACUUGGACUGCAUUUGGCCGUGAGCCCCAAAAUCAUCGGAUACCCGUGCAAUAGGCCGUAGGAAGUUGGAGAGAGUGUGGCACGAGAAAUAGGGACACCUCAUAAGACACAGCAGAAUGGCUCGCGGGCACCAGAAGCUGCAGUCACAGGCGAAGGCGCAGGAGAAGCAGGCCAAGCAGAAGAAGCAGCAGGGACACAAUGCCAAUGAGCAGAAGAAGGCCGCCCAGAAAGCCCUCGUCCACGUCUGCAAUGUGUGCAAGGCACAGAUGCCGGAUCCCAAGACCUACAAACAGCACUUCGAGAACAAACACCCAAAGUCAGAACUCCCGGCCGAUCUCAAAGAUGUCUAGCACCUCUUGAUCCUCCCGUUUUCAAUCCCUCCCUUCCACCAUCACACGAUCAGGACUCUCUCAUGUGCACGCAUGUAACGCAGAUGUUACACACAUUUUAGAGGGGAAAAGAAAUAGCCAUUCACGAGUCGGGUGAAAUCUGUCUUUUCAUUUUUCCACCAUCUCUCCGAGAGUCCUCCUCUCCACAGUUCAUCGUCACACACUCUUCAGUCGCAUUGCCAAUAGUGAUAUUUCAUUUUAUAUAAAUUGCCGUGUAUUGUA